AUGAGUUUCAAAGGUUUCAGGAAAGGAUUGGUCAGAGGGCCACAAUCUAUUCGUCAAAAGCUAAACAUGGGUCAAAUUACCGAAGAUCCGGUCUAUGUUGAUGCAGAACGAAGAUUCAAAGAGUUGGAAGACGAGACCAAGAGGUUGAGUGACGAGAGCAAACGUUACUUCACUGCAGUUAACGGUAUGUUGAACCAUCAAAUUGGAUUCAGUAAAGCUAUUGAGGAGAUUUACAAACCAAUCUCGGGACGUGUGUCAGACCCUAGCACCUUGGUGGUGGAAGGGUCCCCUGAAGGUAUCGAGGCUAGUACUCAAUACAGGGAAGUAGUUGCUGAGUUACAAACAACUUUGAAGCCAGACUUGGAACUUAUAGAGACCAGAAUCGUAGCGCCUGCUCAACAGUUAUUGGAUGUCAUCAAGUCCAUUAGAAAAAUGGCAACGAAGAGAAACCACAAGCAGUUAGACUUGGAUCGGGCCCAGAAUAGCUUGCACAAGAUUCAGGAGAAAAAAGAAAAAACUGUUAAAGAUGAGGAGAAGAUGUACAAGGCAGAAGCUGACGUGGCUAUUGCCCAACAAGAAUAUGACUAUUACAAUGACAUGAUGAAGAACGAGUUACCCGUUCUAUUUAAAUUGGAAGCUGAAUUCAUCAAACCUCUUUUCGUUUCAUUCUACUAUAUGCAAUUGAAUAUUUUCUACACUUUGUUCCAACGUAUGGAGGAGUUGAAGAUACCUUACUUCGACCUCUCUGCAGAUAUCAUUGAACAGUUCACAUACAAGCGGGGUAACGUCCAAGAACAAGCAGACGCUAUUGGAAUCACCCAUUUCAAGCUUGGUAAUGCAAAGGCUAAAUUAGAGGCUACAAAAAGGCGUUAUGCCGCUGCUGGCGGUCCUGCUGGCGCAGCUGGAGUUGCUGGUGCUGCUGCUGGUUCCACUGCAGCGGGUACGGAGCAGCUUCCUCAGUAUGGGCAAACUCCAGAGUAUGGUCAAACUGCUGCAGGUGCUCCUGCUUAUGGUCAACCUUCUGCCGCUACUCCCGCUUAUGGCCAAGCACCAGCCUAUGGCCAAGCGCCAGCUUAUGGUCAAGCGCCGGCCUAUGGGCAGGCUCCUGCUUAUGGGCAAUCUAAUUCCCCAUAUCCUCCCGAGAAAGUCGGUUAUGGACAGCCUCAAGGCUAUCAAGCACCAGUCACUGCUGCCUCUGCUGCUUCUCCGAUCCCUUCUGCAGUUCCUUCUACUCCAACCGCUCCCACCACUGCUCCUGGUGUAGAGACUUGUACUGCUCUGUACGACUAUAGUGCGCAAGCCGCGGGAGACCUGUCAUUCUCUGCUGGACAAGUUAUCGAAGUCGUUCAAAAAACAGACGCCAAUGGCUGGUGGACUGGAAGACUCAACGGAGUGCAAGGUGUCUUCCCAGGCAACUACGUUGAACUGAAUAAAUAA